AUGAUUUCUCAGGGUGCAACAUUAACUGCUAAUAGUCAGCUGACAAUGUUUGCUAUUAUCAGCAGGAUGUCAGUUGUUAUUGUCAAGACCUCAGCAGUAGCACUUUAUCAGAAUAGAACAUCUACAGUAGUUGGCAAUCCGCACCAACCUCGCAUUCCAUCGCACUUUCAAGCUACCACCAGCGACUUUAUUACCACAAACCCAAAGACGUUAGCGCCAGACGCCGCCAAAUACAAGCAACAGCUGAAAGAAAAUAACACAGUCACCAAUCAUAUCAUACGGACGAACAUCAUUGUAGGAGGUUCGCGCGAUUUGGAGGAGCCACAAGAAAAAAUGCGUGCAAAACUUCAACAAUUAUUGCAGCAAAAGCAGCAACAACAACAACACUAUCGCGAACAGCAAAGGCAUCAUCAGUUGCAGCCACAGGCCCACUCUCAGCACGCAACAUCGGCCAGUGAAAAUGCAUAUUUACUGGAGCGUAUUGAUGACAGCCAUGCGGCGGGUGGUGGUGGCCACGAACAGCCUAUUUAUGGAACAUGGAAUACGAAAGCGAGACGACCUCAAGCGCCUCCGAAUCCGAGACCAACGACUGCGGGUACCUCAACAAUCGCAACAUCAUCUCUGCAAACUUUGAUCGGUGAAGUUGAUGAGCACACAAACGACUACAAUCACAAUAUGCAAGCUCAUCAUUACGAACGUUUACCUAGACGGUCCUCGACAAUGACACCAGUCAGGCGGGAACUACAUGACCAAAUACCAAGGCCUCCCCGUUUAACGUCUCGACAGCCCUCUCUGAUUUUGAGAAGACAAUUUAGUGAAAAUCCCAUGGCAAAUGGUCUAGCUAGAGAGGAUUCGCAAAGACCGAAACCUUUUCACUUUCCUUUUGAAGGACCGCAUCCAGAGGAAUUUAAGAAACAGCUACAUAGCGAACGGGAUAGUGUAGCGGCAUAUGGUGAUGUACAAAAUAUUCAGGAUAUUCUAAAGAACCUACAUCUGGGAGGCAUGACGGCCAGCACAAAAACACCUCCGCUUAUGAUGAUGCCCACUGGCCUGCACAUAUCGGGAUCCUAUAAAAAUCUUAAGUCCAGCGGCAUCGCUAACUUCUUUCGUGGAAAGCGUCACAAGAAGCAAAUGCAGCUACAGUUCCCUUUUCCUCUGCAAAUGUUCAAUGGCUAUCAGGCCCCCUUAAUAGGUCCUGUGCCGCAGGCCUAUCAGUCUCGUAUAGCAGCAAUGGAUCAAAUCUAUCCCUUCAAACCAAGAUCGCCGAAUGACAUAAAUCUUUUGGCCAUGCAGCAGCAGUACCAACAAAAUUUUAUGGCUCAACCUUCUAAGCAGAAGAAACAAAAGAAGAAGCAAAAAGAUAAAAACAGAAAAAAUCCUCAGGUUAACUCCAAUAUUUUGCUGCCGCAGUAUCCUUAUGCCACUGCAAUCCCGGAGACGGUCUAUCCUACCUUGUAUUCGCCCUUCAUGGCCAUUAAUGUAACACAAACGCCGAUGAUUUUGUCGAAGAGAGUGCCCUUCAAGUUAAAUUUGGACAUAUUUCCUGUUCUACCUCCUUCUAAGAACCAAAAGCCCGCAUCGCCCUUGACAAUGGAUGAAGCUCGCAUUGUUUCUUCAAUGAGACCGCCUACAGUACUUCGUAAUCCUUUCAUGGAGUACUUCACCACGCCAGUGACACCCACGGUCUCGGCCUUGGGAUUCUACAACCAACAAGCACAGAGACCCUACAAUCAAAUACGCUUCCCUGGUGCGGUGCAGCAAGCCCAAACUGGGGCCUCUACAUCGGACAAUUCAAACACCAGUCCAAUAAUGCUGCACUUGAAUGUGUUUCCCAAACAGAAAACCCCCUCUACUUCUCCAAUUUCCACCAAUCCCUUUUACACAAACACGCCCAAUGAUAUACAUCGCUCCACGGUCCAGGAGAAUAGCAAGCGGAACGCCCUUGACAUUAUAGAGCCUCGACAUCAAGCCAAAUCAUUGAACGUCACCUCUCAGACCUCCAUAGAACGCAGUGAUCCCAGCAGCAAUGAUCAACAACGGGACUUGGUUGACUUUGAUCAUCCGAUAGUGGCAGCUAAUGAUAUUUCCGAUUUACCUACACCUGCCGCCUUAGUUGGUGCUAAACACAACGAAGCGUCUUUUGCGACAUCGUAUAAUCCACACACCAAUGUCGCCGCACAUGACACGGAUAAUAGUAACUACAAACAGCCCAUAGUUCCAAAUACCCAGAAUCUAGAGCAAAUGGCUUCAGAAGCAAGAACCGCUUCCCUAUUUCGAUUUCCCGUCGAAGAUCUAAUACAGUUCCAAGUACACGAUGCGAUGUAG